AGAGUGUCAGUAGAAAAUUGUUUCAUCAGAAAAGCAAUAAUCCAUUCUAGCCAAGAGCCUGGUACUGAAGAAGCUGUGAUUAAGAAGAGGACAAGAAAGAAGGUUAAUAUCCUGGAAGGAGUAGACCUAAGGAAAGGGACCAGGCAAAUACAGGCUGAUAUAGGAACCUGGAGCUGGCUGGUGUUAGGACCCUGAAAAGAGACAGCAGCAACGUGAUAUAAAUAGAGUACCAGAAUGGGACAAAGUUUGAGAAGAAAGCAUGACAUCACUCAGACUCGUUCUCCACCCAAAAAAUCGGAGAUGGAGUUGCAAACGUGAGCUGGACAAGCGAGGAGUUAACUAGUCAUUUUAGUCCAGUUACUGAGGAAAUAGUGAAGAGUUAUACACUAUAAGGAAGUACACUUUCUUGCUAGCAAAACCAAAGCUGGCUUCAGAUCUCUGACAACAUGAAAGUAAUUGAAAGGAAAAGACAACUAUAGAAAGAAAGUUGAAAACAAUCUUUUUGUUUGGCAUAGAUUGUAACAGAAAUACUUGACUUCUUUCCAUGGAACAAUACAAUUUUUGGAUCUGAUGCACAUUUCUUAUAAUUUUGCUCCAAUCAUGGUAACUUAUUUAUAGAUAAAUGAAGAGAUCAAAGUGUAAAGCAAGCAGAUAUUACUUAAAGGAUCUGGAAGAAUAUUUUGCUGUUGCUGAAGGAACGUACUUGAAUCUGCAUGGAAAAUGUCCCUUUUAAUACAAAAAGGAGCGAAGGAAAACUUAUGACUGAAACGUUACAGGAAUUUGAUCUCUAUACUUUUAACCUUAAAAAGACCAUGAAGAACUUAUCUCUACUCUGUUGUCAUUAUUCUUUGCUGGUUUUAUUGCAGUCCAAAUAUCAGGUGUAUGGAAACUAUUCUCAGCUCCCCAAACACCCAGGGUUCAAAGUUCUGGCAUCAGCUUCUCAUUACUGGCCAUUGGAAGAUGUGGAUGGAAUUCAUGAGUUUCGGGAUACAAAUGGAGCUCUAAGAAUCCACAACUUCACUGUGCUUCCUUCCCAUAACUCUACCUUUGUAUAUACCAAUGAUUCUGCCUACUCUAACUUCUCUGCAACUGUAGAUAUUGUAGAAGGAAUGGUGAACAAAGGAAUUUACGUCACUGAAAAGAAAGGGGUUACCUUUCUGUUCUUUGGAAGCUACCAAAACUCUUGCAUUAGUAACCCAGAAGUUUGUGGACCUGAAGGAGUAACAUUUUCAUUUUUCUGGAAGACUCAAGACCAGCAGGCUAGGUUUCCCUCUGCCUCUGGUGGACAAGUAAUUUCGAGUGGUUUCAAAAUCUGUUCAAAUGAAGGUGAAGGCUCUGUGGAAUUUUACACCCGUGGAAAUGCAAUGAUGAAGUGGAAAGCCAGCUUUAGUCCACCAGGUCCUUAUUGGACACACGUUCUCUUCACUUGGAAAUCGAGAGAAGGACUGAAAGUCUAUGUCAAUGGAACUCUAAACACAACUGAUCCGAAUGGGAAAGUUUUCUAUGAUUAUGGAGACCACAGCGCAAAUCUGUUGACUGGGACAGAGGGGGAUCAAACUAAGCGCUACGUGAAUGGGGCAUUUGAUGAAUUCAUUAUAUGGGAAAGGGCACUCACCCCCAAUGAAAUUGAGCAGUACUUUACAGCUGCUAUUGGUGUGCAAGUUGUGCUUUCUUCAACACUUCCACGGUCUGUGAUGACAACCACUACAAGGCCUGUGCUGUCUACAAAUGCCUAUCAUCCCAUCAUAACUAAUCUGACUGAGGAAAGAAGAAAGUUCCGUUCCCCAGAUACUAUGCUGAACUACCUAGAAAAUGUAUCUUUCAGCUUGCCCAACAAAUCCUUGUCAGAAAAUACUGCUCUACACCUGAGUGAGGCUUUUUUAAAAGCUGUUGAAGACUUUCUUUUAUUGCCCGCCUGGACUGAUAAAUCAAAGAGCCGCCUUUUUUCCCCAACCCCCCAGACUGCUCCCAUAUAUGGAGGUUUAAUUGAAACUAUUGACUGUGUGAUGGUGCACGUGGCAUGCCAUCUAGGAGAAAACUCGUUACCUGUAACCCUUGAGGGCACAUCACCUGUGGCAGAUUACUCCUUGGCCAGAAUGUAUCCUCAGACUCUGAAUUUGUCCCACUAUCGCUUUCCAUCUCAAGGCCGGAGUUAUAUUUCCAUCCCCAGUGAAGCUUUUCACAAAACAGCUUGGAUAACCAUUGUCGGCCUGCUUUACCAUAACAUGCACUAUUUCUUUCAUAAUAUCAACCCUACGGAUACCAAGAUUGCUGAAGCUGCUGUCUACAAAGGCAACAUGAUCUCAGUAACCAGUUACCUCAUCUCCCUGAAAGUGGAACCUCCACCUACGUUGUCCCAGAAUCUUUCAGGAUCUCCUCUUAUUACCAUCCAGCUCACCCAUAAAUUGACUCCUAUACAAUACAGCCAAGCAGUAAAUAAGAGCAACAAAGUCCAUCUUUACUGUGCAUUUCUGGACUAUAGGAAUGGAACUGGUGUUUGGUCUAAUGAAGGCUGUGUGCGUGAGAGUGGGGACCUCAAUUACUCCGUGUGUCUUUGUAACCACCUCACUAACUUCGCCAUUCUGAUGCAAGUAGUGCCUCUAAAGCUAACAAGAGAACACCAGGUGGCCCUCUCCUCCAUCACUUACAUUGGCUGCGCUGUGUCCAUCUUCUGCUUGACGAUCACGCUGGUCACAUUUGCUAUAUUGUCGUCUGUCAGCACCAUCCGCAACCAACGCUAUCACAUCCAUGCCAAUCUAUCCUUUGCUGUCCUGGUGGCUCAGUUCCUGCUUCUCAUCAGUUUUCAAUUCAGCCCUGGAACAGUGCCUUGCAAAGUCUUGGCCAUUCUCCUUCAUUUUUUCUUCCUGAGUGCUUUUGCAUGGAUGCUGGUGGAAGGAUUUCAUCUCUAUAGUAUGGUGAUCAAAGUAUUUGGGUCAGAAGAGAGCAAGCACUUAUACUACUAUGGGAUUGGAUGGGGCUGCCCGCUGGUGAUCUGCAUAAUUUCUGCAGCAUCAGCCAUAGACAGCUAUGGAGAAAGCAACAACUGCUGGCUUUCACUAGAGAAUGGAGCAAUCUGGGCUUUUGUGGCACCAGCAUUGUUUGUAAUUCUGGUCAAUAUUGGUAUUCUUAUUGCUGUGACAAGAGUUAUCUCAAGAAUCAGUGCAGAUAACUAUAAGGUCCACGGAGAUGCCAACGCAUUCAAACUAACCGCUAAAGCGGUUGCUGUACUAUUACCAAUCCUGGGAAGCUCGUGGAUCUUUGGCGUUCUAACUGUCAAUGACCACGCAUUAGUAUUUCAGUAUAUGUUUGCUGUAUUCAAUUCACUACAAGGAUUUUUCAUCUUCCUGUUCCACUGUCUUCUGAAUUCAGAGGUUAGAGCUGCCUUUAAGCACAAAACCAAGGUCUGGUCCCUCACCAGUAGUUCAGUUCGCAACGUGAAUGUGAAGCCCUUCAAUUCAGACAUUAUGACUGGGAACAGGCCAGGCACAAGCCCCACGAAGCUGAACACCUGGGAUAAGAGCACGAAUUCAGCCAAUCGCAUUGAUUUAUCAGCAGUCUGACAGUGAUACCAGCUUUUCAGUGUGUGUGUGGG